UUAUAUGCACAGUUAUUUGUGGACUUUACAGUACAGGAGAAAAAUGUUGCUUAUAAGGAGUACAUGGUUUUACGUAUAUCUUAUAAAUAUUUGGACAUUUUGCAGUGGUUCUGAUUGUCAAGAAGGAUGGAGAAGUUACGAGUCCUCGUGUUAUUAUUUCAGUACGGACGAGCUGGACUGGGAUGACGCUGUUGCUCAGUGUAUUCAGUUACAAAGUCAUCUUGUUGAAAUCGAGGAUGCGGAAGAAAAUGCAUUUCUUGCUUCGGUUGUUACUUCUACGUCUUAUGGCAAUAAUUAUUACAUUGGCCUUUCGGAUAGAGACAAUGAAGGUAUCUGGAAAUGGGUGACCAGUGGAAAAAUCAUAGAAUUCUCUUCUUGGGGACCUGGCGAACCUAAUAACUGUUGUGGUGGUGAACACUGUGGCCAUUUGUGGACAGAACCGGACACGUGGAACGAUGCUCUUUGUUCAGACAGAUUUCACUAUAUAUGUGAGAAAAGCUAUAUAGACGAAUGUGUGUCAAAUCCUUGUGACAAUGGGGGAACAUGUGCAGAUGGCGUGAAUGGUUACUCGUGCAUAUGUGAAGACGGACAAGGCGGAUCUCACUGUGAAGACGAUUGUAGUAUUUUAUCGGAUAUCCCAAAUGGAACUGUGACAUUGCUCGAGGACGGAAAUACAACCUACGGUGCCCUGGCUAAUGUUUCUUGCGAAAUAGGCUACAAUGCGACUGUGGAUAUAAUAAAGUGCACUAAAGCAGGGAUGUGGGAAAUCUCAACAUGUGAAAUAAUAGAUUGUAAAUCAGUACCAGAUAUAACAAUGGCAACUGUAACAUUAAACGAGGAUGGAAACACCAGGUAUGGCGCUGUCGCUUAUGUUGCCUGUGAAAAUGGUUAUAAUAAUAGCCUAAAGAUUAUACGAUGUCUUGAAACAGGAAGUUGGGAGAUUCCGAUUUGUGAAAAGAUUGAUUGCGGCGAAUUAGAGAAUCCAACAAACGGAGCAGUAAACAUAUCUAAGGGAACAACAUUUGGUGUUACGGCAAGUUAUAGUUGUGAUGUAGGUUUCAAUCUUGUUGGUGAUGAAACACGUAAUUGUGGUCCAAGUGGCAAAUGGAGCAAUAUGAAACCAGACUGUGCACAAGAAGGUGAUAAGAAGUGUUCGGAAGACACAGACUCAAGAGGUACUGUCUGGAAUGAAAUAGCAGCUGGAAAAACCAGAAUCUACGAUUGUAAAACAAAUUUCACUGGAAGUAAAAUGAGGCACUGUGAUACGGACGGAACAUGGGCGUUUCCUAAAUAUGAAUGUAUACGUGAAACAGUUAAAAUGCUGUCAGCAGGUAAAUUUAUAGCUAUGUAG